UUGAGUUCAUUUAGAGCAGUAGCUUCAGGUAAUUCUAUGUGGUUGCGAAUGUGGAGCGAAGUAUGGCAGAAGAAAUAGUGCAAAAAGUAUUGCAUCUGAAAGAACGUCUGCUUGGAGUCAGCGACUCAAAUAAGAUUCUGAAAUUGUUGAAGAAAUUGCAAGAUUUAAAUAUCACAGUGGAUAUUCUGGUGGAAACGGGAAUAGGAAAAACAGUGAAUGGAUUCAGGAAAGAUGAUGCAGUUGGUGACCUUGCCAAAGAGUUGGUAUGCCAGUGGAAAAAACUGAUUCCUCAGGAAAUACCCAGGAAUUCUACUGAACAAAAUGAAAAGAAGAGGAAUAAUGACGAUAGCAGCUUUAGGAGGAAGGAUACAAAGAAAAAUACAAACAAGUCAUCUGGACCCUCCAGACAAGAGGAGAUUUUGCAUGAGACUGAUGUGAAUGAGUCUGUAAAACUCUUGAGUCAGGAAGGAAAUCCAAAAAAGAAGGAAAGGUCUGCAUCUAACCAGUAUCCUAAGAUCAAUCCCUAUCAGUUAAAGAGCAAUGAAUGCCAACCAUCAAGGAUGGAUAGUAAAGAGUGCUGUCAUGGUGCAUCAAAAAACAAUUUCCUCCAUCACCAACAAUCACUUAAGUUCCAGAAACCCGUAAAAUCAAAACCUCUACCUAAGGAUGAAAGUAACUUCUCUAGAAAAGAUAAGAAAUCUACUGACGUCCUGCAGAAAAAAAAAUAUAAUGAAGACCAAUACGAGAAGGAGUCAUCAAUAGAAAGUUCUUCUACAUCUUCCAAUGUGAGUCAGGAAAAUCCUUGUUCUGCAAAAGACACUCCUGAAAAUAAUAAAGGGCAACUAAGCAAAUCUGUGGACAAAACUAAACAUAGUAAAUUAGCCAGCAAGGUGCAGAAAUGUUCUUCAAAGGACAGAUCACAGGGUAUGUCACGAAUGAUUAAGGAGAGCAGUAAAAUCUGCAAAGUGGAAGAUAUUUCUGAAUUUGAAAAAGAAGAAUUUGAAAAACCAACUAUGACUUUUGAAUCAUACUUGAACUAUGACGAACCAAAACAGAAAGCAAAAAGAACCCAUACAAAAAAGAAUUCAUCUAUUUCGGGGAAAGGAAAGGAUUCUAAGUUGGUCAGUACAAGAGCAAAUGAGAUUGUUGGAGACCUCUGUAAGGAAAGCAAAAAGAGGAGGAAUACAGACAGCAGGGAUCAAAAUAAGGAAGACAUUUGGCUUGAAACACCAAAUAAAAAGGGGAAGAUUGAUAUAAAUACUCUAUUAGACAUCCCAUUGCCUAAAUUCCUACCAGAUGUUACUGAUAUGACUUCUGUUAGCCCACCUACAUCUCCUAUCAAGAAAUCAGCGAUGUCCAAUAUUUCUGAUAGUACUGUGGAGUUUACUGGUCGAAGAUUGAACUGUAAAAUGCAAGUGUACUCUGGCUCCAAAACAACAAAUAUUAUGAAGAUGAUGUCUCUAUAUGAACAGUGUAUUCGCGUCCUGCAAAACAACAUUGAUUCUAUUCAUGAAGUAGGAGGAGUCCCAUUUGAAAUUCUUGAGCCAGUACUGGGACGAUGUACUCCAGAACAACUGUUUCGAAUUGAGGAAUGCAACCCGAGCUUUAUUGAACAGAGCAGUCAUUUCUGGAUGAAGCAUUGUAAAAAGGAUUUCAAAAAUGAGGAGCCCCAGGAGUAUGAAUCAUGGCGUGAGCUAUAUUUGAGGCUUCAUGAUGAAAGAGAAGAGAAACUAAAAAUAUUGACGCAAAGCAUUAGUUCAGCACAUGCUAACAAGCCCAAAGGCCGUCAAGUGAAAUUAGCCUAUGUAAAUACAUCUGCAAAACCACCAAGAGACAUUCUGCGCCAGCAAGGCAAACAUCGCAAAUCAUGCUCUGCCCUUCUCAAUUCUCCCUUUGGCAAAAACAAGAAGAAGUUUGUUGCAGGUACAGAAUGCUCUAGUUUUGCUGGAGGAAGUGCCUGCUCCGACAGACCAAAGGCCAAUAGUGGCUGUGUUGCUCCAAACAGUUAUUCAGGACCAGAUGCAAAGAGGCAAGUUAAAAAAGUUGCACCAAUGAUGGCAAAAUCUUUGCGUGCCUUUAAGAACAGACUGGGUCCACGAUAAAUAUGUUCAGCAACAGCUGCUUCACCUGUAAAUAAACGUAAAUUGUUCAAAAGAUGAAACAUUUACUUUUUCGAAACUAUUUUUUGACUAAAGAGUGCAUCUUGUACAUAUUUAUUUUCUGGGGAAAAUCUGAUUGUUUGCAAAAUUAUGG